AUGGUUUGCUUUCUGUUUUUGUCCGCCAGUGCUGAGAACUGUCCCUUGUCCUGCACCUGCAUCCGAAGUACAGCGACCGUUACCUGUCUUGACUCGCCAGAAAUCGAACUGCCCCUCGUCGUGUCCCAGUGGACCCACACAUUAAUUCUCAGAGGGAACAAUGUCACCACUAUACCAGAGGGCGCGUUCUCCAAAAAUGGGACAGAAUUAGGACUAUUGACUCUCCUUCUGACUGGAAACAACGUACAGGUAAUCGAAGCUUACGCUUUUGCCGGGCUCCCACAUCUUCUCCAUUUAGAUCUCAGCUACAAUAAUUUGAUGGUAAUUUCAGCUAUGGCAUUUGGAGGGUUGAGGGAGCUGCGUUAUCUGUACCUGAAUAACACGCUCGCGAUUUCAGGCGCGAGGCAGCUUUCAAGUGCGCUGUCAUCGGAAAGUUUGCAAAGUCUUCAGAGACUGGAAUUAUCUGGAAACGGUUUAAAAGCAAUUCCCAUCUCCAGGUUUGACAUUUUUAAUUUGAAUGCACUGGUACUAACAAAUAAUUCUAUCGAGGCCAUAGGAAAAAACAAUGUGUCGAGUUUGAGUGAAUUCAAGAAAAUAAGACUAUAUUUAUCUCAGAAUCCUUUCAAAUGCAGCUGCGAACUGGAGCCGUUUUAUUACUGGCUAAAAAACGGCUCUCAGUGCCCUGAUUCGAGUCGCGUGCUCUGCGCGCAACCGGAGGCGAGGAGGGGAACACCCGUAGAGAAACUUCGAAGGGAGGACGUGGACUGCAUAAACCCGGAGUUAGAAGCUGUCUCAUAUGUGUUUCUUGGCAUUGUGCUGGCUCUGAUUGGAGUUGUGUUUCUUAUGGUUUUGUACUUGAACAGAGGCGGUAUCAAAAGAUGGCUUAACAACAUCAGAGAAGCGUGCCGUGACCAGAUGGAAGUAUAUCAUUACAGAUACGAACAGGACUCUGAUCCCAGAUUGGCUAAUGUAGCCGUUUAA